AUGAUGAUGAAGUCCUCGAUCCUUCAAGCUCCGUUCCUCCUAAUGAUGCUGGCAGCGGCUCCUGUCAGUGGCAGUACUGGUAGCAGCUCCAGCAACCUUCGCUCCAGCAACCAUAUUAUUAUUCCGGAACAAAUAUUGCCAACAACAAUAACCAACCACAAUACCACCACCAUGAUGACCACGGAUCGACAGUUGGCCGUCUCGGACUUGUGGGUGGACUACGAGACGUGGCAGACAUACACACACUUUCCCAAAGAAAUGAAGGAAUAUUUGAAAAAAGAAUUUCAGCUCUACAUGCGAGGACCCGCCAUUAAUGUCUGGACGCGCAUCCCCGAACCCAGUCAAAUGGUCUGGCCUCUCCUGAAAGGCAUUACGGUCCGCAAUCACAUUGAAAACAAGAUCCUUUGGUCGACCCCCAAUUUGUACAUUAUGGAUGGCGUCGAUGCCAAAUGUCGCGAACAGCAACCCGAUGGAACCACCAUUCCCGUCGAUGCUACCAUUUGUCAAGAACAUUGCACGCAUCAGGGACGGUACUGUGCGCCCUUGGAACCAGCCGAAUUGCCCCCCAAUCUACAACGCAAGGGAAAGGAACUCGUCAAGGAAGCGCUACGACGAUUGUGUUUUGAUGGAUAUUAUCAUGCCAGUGAUCACAAAUGGUUCGACUAUCUCCAAAAGUUUGACGAGGCCCAAUGCUACGACGCCGAAGACAUGACCAGCUGCUCCUUGUCCGUCAUUGAACAAGUCGAUCAUUGCGACUACAACAACUUUGCCGCCUGUGUGGGAGAUGAAACUGCCUUGAACUCGGACACGAUCAACGAAAAACUCGAAAAGCAACUCUCGCAAGCCAAAAAACACGGCAUUCAACUCAGCGACUUGCCCGUGCUCACCAUUGGGACCAAACGAUACACGGGCGCCUACACCGCCAAGGAUAUCUUGCUCGAAUAUUGCAGUCAUUUUGGGGAUGACAAUAUGAAACCGGCAUCGUGCGAUAUUUGUUCUCAGUGCAGUGAUGUCCGCAAAUGUCUCUGGACAUUGGAAUGCGAUGGCAAAGACUUUGAGUAUACCCAGUUUUUGGCCAGUCAUGGAGAUCAACAACAACAAACUACUCCGGCGCCAACCGACAGUAGUCCAAUGGUGGAAACACCCAUUCCCGUCGCGACGUUACCACCGGGUGGCAUUGCCACGACGGAAACGUCGACCACCACCGAUACCACACCAAAUAAUAAUAAUAUCGAAGCGACGGCCACGAAUGAAUUCGGCAAGGAAGAAUUGGAAGAAGCCAAUGGGCAAGAAAUUCUGACAUUUUUCAUUGGAGCGUUGGUCUUCAGUGCCGUGACGGCCCUCUUCUUUGUCUACAAAGAUCGACGAAAUCGACAGCUCCGGAUUCUGGAACAGGCACGGCAGGAUGCAGCCAUUGGAUUUCGGGAUACAGAAGAUGGUUACAUGGAUUUUGUCCCCGACAAUACGGUCGAAAUGUCACCCACGCAUGGCAAUAAUCAGUCACUGUCGAGCUCCAUUGGCAGUCAACCGCCUCCCUUGGCAUUCUCCAUGAAAUUUGAUUGA